AUGCAGACAGCGCAGGAACAACUUCGCAAGAAGAACCAGGAGCUCGCCGAUAUGUACCGGGAGAAAUGCAAGAAGUUCACUCAAAUCACGCACCUAUACAACGUCCUGAAAUCUCGAGCUAUGCGAUCUCAGAUGCAGACCGCUGCUGCUACGCAGGCAAUCAGCUCUCUUGAAGCUCAAGCACCGCGCAAUGUCCCUGCAGGAUUAGCGGUACAGAACCUUGGGGUGACUGCGCCCCCGCAGACGCCGUCAGCCUAUCCACAAAGGUCAUACCCUGUGGACUUGGAAGGGGUGGAGCAGCUCCAUCGCCACCAGCGGAGCGGUACGGGCAGCUCGAAGGGUGCGAAGCAGAACGACGCCAUUACGAUGCCUCCUCCUAAUCGCCCUAUUGUUGGUCUGAGAAGAGCAUCGAACACGAUUUCCAGGUCCUUCGCGUCCAUCAACCGGGCUAUCUCAACUUCCGAAUGA